CUGAGCGAGCCCCGCUCCGCACACACCCGUCCACAGACCCGAGUCACGGCACCUCUCAGCACCAUGAGAGGCGCCCCGCUGCUGCUGCUCGGCCUGGCCGCCCUGCUGGCCGCCAGUGACGCCCAGGGCACGGCCAACUGUGACCUCGGUGACCCAGCCGGCCUGAGCGACUGCAUCAAACAGCUGCUGGUCGAGGCGCGGCCCAAAGUGGCCCAGGAGGCCGACCCUCUCCGUCUGCCCAACAACCGGGACGGCGACGUCGAGCUGUCCAACAUCCGAGUCCACGGCAUCUCCGGCUACAGCGUCGACGGCCUGUCGGUGUCGUUCCCCUCUGAUCAGCAGAUCGCCGUCAGGGCCACCAUCAGCUGGCCGCACAUCAACGGCAAGCUCGACGCCAAGAUCCGCAAGUGCAAGAAGGUCAUCUUCAAGAAGGUGUGCGUCUCCGUGCGCGGCCGACCCGAGGUGCGCGUCGGCCGCACGGUCGGCUCUCUCACCACCACCCUCAACGUGCACGUGGGCGGUGACGGCCGGAUCACGGUCACCGCCAGCGGCACCAGGGUCUCCCUCAACCUGGCCAGCAUCCGCGUCAAGGCCAACCUGCGCGGCGCCAUCGGCUUCUUCAACCGGCUCUUCGGAGAUCCGGCCAGCAAGAUCACCACCAAGCUGGCCAACAAGUGGUGGGGCAAGAACAAGGGCAAGAUCGAGGGCAAGGCGCGGGACGCGCUGGACAAGGCGGUCCGAGAGAAGGUGGCCGUUCACCUGGCGCAGCUGCUGAAAAUCUGAGCGGACAGCGGCGGUUAGCAACGGUAUGGCACGUGCUGCUGAAAAUCUGAGCGGACAGCGGCGGUCAGCCAUGGCAUGGCACGUGCUGCUGAAAAUCUGAGCGGACAGCGGCGAUCGGUCGGUUGGGGUGGGACGUCCCUCCUUCAUCAGAGAUGGAACGCUCUCCUCGUGGUAGGGUUGGAGUCCCGGGCCCGGUCCUGUAUUACCAGGGCCGUGGUACCGUUUCAGGGAGCUGCGGCCAUGCAGCUGUUUGCAGUUUGAGCUUUAAAUGGUGAUGUUAUUGAGUGUGUUGGCGUUUUUGCUACUUGCAUUGGCAUAUUUCACCAUAUUUUGUAUAAGUAAUGUGCAUUGUUGUGCUUUCAUGAAGCAUCGAGACAAUAAACUGCUGAAAUAAAUGAAUGAAUCUGAG